UACAAAGACAUACGAAAUCCGAAUUUUUCGAAGCAGUGAUUGGUGAAAAGCAAAUAUUUUUGUGUGGCGAUCGCGUCGGUUUGAAGGUUAAGGCCAAACAGCUACAACACCCAUAAAAUAGAAUGAAGUAUCUUCUAGUCGCAUUGGCUGCAAUUUGCAGUUUGAAGCUACAUUCCGUGCACGGCCAUGGACGCCUUAUGGACCCGCCCGCACGAAAUGCAAUGUGGCGUUUCGGAUUUCCAAAUGCUGUGAAUUACAAUGACAAUGAACUCUUUUGUGGUGGAUAUGCAGUGCAAUGGGAACAGAAUUCGGGCAAAUGUGGAGUGUGUGGUGAUGCGUAUCAUGUGAAGACGCCACGGCCGCAUGAGGCUGGUGGUGAAUUUGCGAAAGGUAUCAUUUCGCGGUACUAUACGGCGGGGCAGGAAAUCGAAGUUGAAGUUGAGCUCACUGCCAAUCAUUACGGUCGUUUCGAGAUGUUCCUUUGCCCCAAUAACAAUCCUCGUCGUGAGGCUACUCAAGCUUGUUUCGAUCGUUAUCCGCUCUACAUUUCCGGUAGUCGGGAGCAUCGUUUCCUAAUACCACGCGAUGCACCCAAGAAGGAGAUCUUCCGCUAUCGUGUACGCCUGCCACCUUACGUUACGUGUACGCAAUGUGUGCUGCAAUGGACCUACUAUACGGCCAACAUGUGGGGCACUUGCAACAAUGGCACCGAGGCGGUGGGAUGUGGCAAGGCAGAAACUUUCCGCAAUUGUGCUGAUAUUGCGAUUGUAUCCAACACGGGCGGCGGCGUACCACCGAUCUUCAUUAAUAACAAAUCUCCAUAUCUACUCUAUUAUAGAGAUUAUCGUGCGCCAGAUGACAAUAAUGUGUUCCCGCUAAUUGUGCGUGACCAAAAAUGUAUUGCGGCUCCAGCGUUCCGCACCAUUCCCGGUAUGGAUAAUUGGUGUGAAACGAAUUGCUUGCGUUAUCCACCCAACUGUCCGGAAUCUGCAUGUCAUUGUCCUAAGGAUUGUGUGGCAAUUGGUGAAUUGGAGGGACGUGAAGGUGCGGACACGUAUUGUAUGGAUGAAUGCCUGAAUUACGGUUCGAUAUGUCCAGUGGAUAGGUGCCGUUGUUUCUAAAUCGACAAGUGUACGAAGACUUGGCUGUAAGGGUACCACCAGUACCAACAGCUCAGACUGCAUGAACCUGGAGGCCACAAGCAGUAAUGCUUACGAAAGACGGAUCAAAGC